UAUACAACAUUUGCUGAUGCUACAUAUGUGAGAACGCUCGUCUUACUGCAGCAUCCAGGAUUAAAGACUCAUUCAAUAAAAAAAUAUAUUCUGUGAUACAUGCACCAACUGUGUGAUAAAAUAGUCUAAAUUUAAAAUGAAGCAUAUAUUAUUAAUAUUGGCUUCCAUACUAAAUGUGUACUUCGUGCGAUCGCAAUCAUCAUGUACUACGCCCAGUGGCGACCAAGGACGUUGUAUACCCAUGAAAGAGUGUCCUUCUCUCUUAACAAGCGUGUCUAAAAAGUCCAUAAAACCACAAGAUAUGGAAUUUUUGGCAAAGUCACAUUGUGAGCUCGAGGGACAAGCGCCAAAGGUAUGCUGUCCUACACAAGAAACAGUGAAGCAAUGUUACACGCCUUAUGGUAAUGUAGGCAAAUGCGUCAGUAUAUAUUCCUGUCAACAUCUAUUAGACAUGCUCAAACAACCGUUGAUUCAACAAAAUAUUGAUUAUGUUAAGAGUUCUAGAUGCGCAGAAGAAUACAAUGUAUGCUGUGGACCUCCAAAAGAAACUAUUCAACGUGGGAAUUGCCAUAACAGAAUAAACGCAUUCCCUCCAGAUCCAUUAACUGAAUGCUGCGGAUUAGAUAGCACUGGCUAUAAGAUAUUCGGAUUUGAAGGAAUAUAUCCACAAAUCGAGCGGUACCCGUGGCUGACCAUCAUCGAGUACAAAAAAGGCGAAGUCAUGAAAACAUUGUGUGGUGGAUCCUUGAUAAGCUCCAAAUAUGUUCUGACUGCUGCCCACUGCGUCACCGGGGACAUUUUAAAAGCUGGGUCUCCGACAAACGUCCGUUUAGGAGAAUACGACACAAGCAACAACGGAAGAGAUUGUGUGGCAGCGCCCAACGGUGGGGAAGACUGUGCAGAUCCCAUCGUCACAAUUCCUAUUGAAGACACCAUUCCACAUCCAGAAUACGAUGCCAUCACUCGAAAGAAUGACAUCGCUUUGAUCAGGCUGGAACAGAAUGCACCUUACACAGAUUUCAUUAGGCCUAUUUGCCUUCCAACGAGCGACAUAACUGCAUCUCCUCCAUCCAAUUGGUUGAGAAUCCUAGUGGCGGGGUGGGGGGCGUAUAACGAGACUACCCGGCGUAGCAAUACCAAAUUACAUGCUAUAGUGCCAUUCGUCAACAUGCAGGAGUGUAAAACGAUAUACAAUCAACCAAAGCUGAAGGCCGAGUUGUGGAGCAAGCAAAUGUGUGCGGGCGGUGAAAAGGACCAGGACUCCUGCAAAGGUGACUCCGGGGGCCCCCUCAUGUUGUACAACAGUUUUUACGAAGCCAUUGGGCUUUUCAGCUACGGGCCCACGGUGUGUGGACAAGAGAAGAUACCAGCGGUGUAUACUAAAGUAUACGACUACAUCAGAUGGAUCCGUGGUCAACUGAAGCCUUGAAAUAUGAAUACAGUAAUUUUCAACACACUUUCUCUAUGUGUAUCUAAUUUCAUCGGUUUUUUAUUUUAUUCCUCGAAUUGAAAGAUGUCGGCUCAAAUUCCGCCUCGUCUGAAAUAA